AUGAAUUCUCUAUCAUCAUCUAAACACGAUCACGACCCGUUACCAAGUGACAUUUCAUCAGCCAUCAAACCGAUUUAUGAAGAACUCAGUAAGGAAGAGCUCUUGGAACGAUCCGUUGGUGGUUUUACGCAAAAUAACAACGAAAGCCUAAACCAAUUAAUUUGGAAAAUUACGCCAAAAAUUCUUCCUGCUGGAUCAAAAAUACUCGACAUUGCUGCAUAUGUCGCUGCCGGUACAUUCCAUGAAGGAAUCGCAGCAUUAUUACUGCUCAUGCACAGUAUGGAUUUAAAACUUGGCCGAAAUAGCCACCAGUACGAACGAAAAGAGGAUGAGAGCCGCAUACUUGCAGCACAAAAAAAGCUGACGCUGAGACUCGAAAAGCAAGAGUUCGUCACAGACAAGAGCAGGUGGAUAUUGCCACUGCAGCAGGCACUUUAUUAUAUGGUGCUGGAAUCGAUGACUCCAUAUGAAUCUGUCAUGAGUUAUCCUGACUACGCCAAGAGAACUUUUUUUGAGGAGUCACAGGGGAUGACGUGUCAACGCCUUAAUUUUCAAUAUUUUUCUAUGAAAAUUUCACAAACUACUUAUGAAAUAUAUAUUUUUUGCAUGGUAUAUUGAUGGACUAAAAUGUUUUGUUGGAUAAAUAAAAAAAAAUCGUAAAAAUGUA